UACCUAUUAUAUAUAUAUAUAUAUAUAUAUAUAUCUAAUAUAUAUACUGUCUAUUUGUCAUCCUCAUUGUACAUACACAUAUAUGUUUCAUACAAUUAAAUUCAUUUAUUUUUGUUGUUAUUUAAACUAUUCACCUAGUUGUUUACUGUACGUACGACUGUGUGUGAGUGAUGUUCUUGUCAGGUUGAACCCCGGGACCUUAACAGUAUACAGCUAGUUAAAAACGCAAAUAAAUCCUAAACCUGACAAAUGGGGGCUCAGAGUCCGGCUGUGACUACUAGGUCAUAGAUUGUCUUAUCUAGUCUUGUUAUCUUAUAAAAUAAAAAAAAUAUAUAUACUGCCUAAUACCCCUUUAUUGUAUUUAUAUUUGAUGUUAUUGGGUACAAUUUGCUGAAGAAAAAAAAAAUGUUUGUGUACUUCUCAUAAUUGUUUGGACAUCAAAAGUAGCAGAGGCUUGAAACAUUGCUAAAUUUAUCAUUAAUUUGUUUGAAUUCACCGCCAUAUUACCAUAUGUGUUGAUUGUUGAUAUUGAGGAUUGUACCAAUGCUAAAUUCAUCAUUUAUGAUUUUGAACUCAUCAUCAUAUGACUAUAGGUGUUGAUAUUUCAAGAUUGUGAUUUAUAUUCAUUUAUUUAAUUUUUUCUUUCAUGAAAUUUUGUGCUUCACUUAUGACCGAGUGACGAGUGUCUUCUCGCUCCCGACAACAGACAAGUGUGUGGGGAUUGACCGUUGAUACAUGUGUUAGAGGCCAUCGUUCCUGUGUUGGUGUUUUGGAAGUCCCUGUAGCAGCUACCUUUCUACGCAUCGGCCUGGAGUGAGGCGUUUUCUCUCCGACGUUGGAUACUGCUCCGAUAGGUUUUCUCUUUCUUUGCCAUACGACACACUCAUAGGUUGUAGUUUACAUCUUAUGUGUGUAUAUUAUAGUAUAUCAUAGUAAUAAUAAUAAUAGUAUUAGUUGAUUUAGCUUAACACAGUAAGGCACUUAGACCAUGGAAACCAGGUUAACGGUAACGUCACAAUUUAUUAGUGAUGGCCGUGCUAUGGGGUACGAAGGGGAAAGGCUAGAGAAAUAUGUGAAGGAACGGAAAGCUGAAUAUGAUAGAGAUAAGGAAGUCGCGAAGGCAGAGGAAGAGGCUAGGUUUGAGCGGCAGGAGAAGUUGAAGAAAGAGGCGAAGGCAGAAGAAGAGGCUAGAAAGAAAGAGGCGAAGGCAGAAGAAGAGGCUAGGAAGAAAGAGGAAGAAGAGAGAUUUGAACGUGAUGAGAAGGCCAAACGCGAGGAGCACGAAAGAUGGAAGGAAAGAGAUGCCAAGGAGUCAAUCAAGAGGAAAGAGGAGUUGGAACUGGCUAGGCUUAAAGAAAAGUCUGCGCCAGAGGCAGGCGGGGCGGCAGGACAGUCAGGGGAUGUGCGAUACAAGAAUGUCUUAGACAGGCUUGACAAGAGUUUCCAGGGAAUGAAAGAUGACGACGACCUCCUAGCUUACCUAACACACUUUGAGGCCGUUGCAGGUAGGUGCAAAAUAGAGAGAAAAGAGUGGUCCUUGCUGUUGUCAUAUAAACUGACCACCGCACUCAGAAACUUCAUGCUAAGGGACAGUCUGUUCCUUAGCGAGAAUUAUGAAGAAGUCAAGACUGCACUUCUUCGCCAUGCAGAUAUCAACGCGGAAACCUGCCGCAAAAGAUUCCAUCUCGUGAGACCAAGUCAAAACGACUUUAGGAGAUAUGUAACAGAAUUGAGAACAGCAUUAGACAAUUGGUGCAAGAUGGCCGAAGUCGGUAAAACAGUGGAGGAGUUAAAAGACUUGUUGAUCAAAGAUAGGAUCUUAGAAAGUGUUUCGAGUGACGUAUACAGGCAACUAGUUUUGAGCAAGCACAGAACAGUAGAUAAUAUGCUAGAAGUUAUAGAAGGAUUUAAGGUAGCUGGUUCUGAUGUGUCCAUUUGUAAGGAAGAAAGUGUAUAUGUUGCAGCAGCAUGCAGUGAGUCGGGGUCAGAUGUGUCUAUUUGUAAGGAAGAAAGUGCGCAUGUUGCGGCAGCGUGUCGUGAGUCUGUGAGAAAUAGAAGUCCAGGGAUUGAGAGUAACUUAAUUAUUUGUUUUAAGUGCAAGAGGGGAGGCCACAAAGCGUCAGAAUGCCCUCAACGUUCGCAACUUAACUCUAGUCCUGCUUCUGAUGUUAGAUAUAGGAACGCACCCACAAUCUCCACUAACACACAAAGGCCCAGUAGAAAUGCAUCACAAGGUCGCUACCAAAGGCAGUUUGAUGGUAACGGUCGAAGAAUCCGCGGCAAUAGUGUUGGGAGACAAAGUUAUGCUACAUACGAGAAUUCUUACAAUAACAGGCACAGUAGAACGGGUGGUACUGGGGCAUAUCAAAACAGAGAUCAAGGCCCAGGAGGUUCUUAUAGAUGACUGAGUGGUCCUCACAAUAUUCAAAAUUGUGGAAAUUGUACUUUAGGGAAAGGA